UGGAUCGAUCGGGCGAGGGUCCGAAAGUAAAAGAAAAGAAGCCUGGGGUGACUCGUUGUAAACGCCGAGCUGAGGAAAUUCCUACUAUAAAAGCGGGUGGAGGAUCGAAACUGGAUCCACCUCGCUCUCAGAAAGAGGAGGGCGACGAGAGACGACGACGAGAUGACGAAGAGCCUCGAUGCGAUGGCCACGACGACGGCGACGUACGAAGAGCAUGACCGACGGACGCUGUCGUUCGAAGGGCUGAUUGCGCACCUCUCGCGCGGGCCCAACAUGCCCACGUCGAUGCACCUCCGCUCGAUGCUCCUUGCGCCCUUUACGUCGAGCUGGUAUGCGCAGCAGGCCGACGAGCUGGAUGCAGCGAGGCGCGCCAAGCACGGCGACGAGCUCGACCAGUGGCGCUGGGACGUCGUUGAGGCAUACCGGCAGCAAGUGCAGGUUGCCGUCGUGGGGCGUCGCGUGCCCAGCGAUGUGCUCCGCGCAGCUGACGGCAAGGAGCAGCGAGAGAAAGAAGAGGAACAGGAACAAGAAGCAGAGGAGGAGCCGUACGCCGUCAUCAUGAUCGGAUACAUGGGACCGGGCGGCGCGACGCAUGCCGACAUCCUCAGAGUAAACCCAGAGAGAUGGGGCCGACCAAUGCUCUCGCUCUGGCUCAGCAGCCAGACGCAGGACAGCGACGGCACCGCACCCCUGUCGCCCGCGACCAAGGCACUUCUCGACCAUCUUCUGCUCGAGUACAUCCCACGCGCGAUGCAGAGGCUCAUAGGCAGCACGACAACAGCGGCGGCUCCCAACUUCUUGGUCGGGCUCGGCGCAGUGCACACGCCCGCGGUACGGUACUGGCGCGAAAAGGGCGCAGUCGAAUACAUUCACGACUACAUUCACUUUCUCCGACAGGACCAGCGGCAAUUGCUGCCCCUUCCGGUCGAGGAUCAAGAUAAAGACUGGCACGAGGCGACGAUCCAGAGCGACUCCGAUGUCCGGCUCGUUCAGGGCAUCAACAAGAUUUCUUAUCCGACGUGGUACAUUGAUGCACGCAGGGACCGCUCCAUUAUCCUGCGCGAUGCCUUCACCCCGGGCGGCGAAGAAAGGCAAGAGACAGACGCAGAGUACGCGCGCGAGAGGGCCAGAGGCGCUGCUGCUGGCUGGGCCUUUGUGCACGAGGACAUGACAUUGGGCAGCCUGCACGUCGCGCCGGCCUACCGCCGCUUCCUGCGAUCAUCGCAGCCGUCGCAAGGCGAUCCGACAAAGGAAGCAAAGAAGAAGAGCGUGGGCCAUGUGUGCGUCGAUCGCAUAGAGCCCAUGGUGCUCGAAGCCCAACGCACCUCGUUUGAGCGCGCCGGCUUAUCGCCCCAGCUUCCCACCGAGUAUUUCCUGGCGACCGAGGCCGAGGACAACGAGGCAGCGCUUCGUUUCUUCAAAAAGGUCGGCUUUGUCCCCUUUAUGCACACCUCGUGGGGCACGAUCAAUGUGUCCCCUACCACCUCAUGAUUUGGCAAUGGAAAGAAAAGAGAGAGAGUGAUUGAAUCCUUCUUGGG